CUUUCUCAUUGUUCAAACCGAAGCAAAUUUCUCUGCUAUGUGAAAACUGGAAUUUCGAUGGAGUUCUCGAAUGGUUUAUUGCGGCGCUAUCGCGACGAUCGCCGCAAGCUACUGGAGUUCCUCUUGUCGUCCGGCCUCAUCAAAGAAAUCACCACUCCGGCGGAUAUCGAAUUCGAUCAUCUCAGCGCUGAUUACGUUCUCGAAUGCAUUCACUCCGGUAUAUAUACAUAUGUGUGUGCGCGCGCGUCUCCGUGGUCGUGUUAUUGAUGUAUGUCGGUGUAUAAUUUUGAGCUGAGGCAUGCGCAGAACAGCUAGCUGUUGUUACUUCUGUGUGAUAAAUUUUGUAUGAGCUGAAGCUAGCAGCUAUUUCGGGACCAAAUAUUACAGUUCUUUUUUUCCCCUUCUUCUUUUGGCGCGAAGAGAUGCGUCGGGAAUUUAUGGUUCUGAUUUUUGAGCUUUUAGAUGACCGGGGUCUCAUUUAUGAAUUUGCUUGUGGAGUAGUACAUUUAUGGUGGCGUGCUUGACGUUUCUCAAGCAACAAGGAGGUAUCAUGAUGAGUCUUCACAUCCAAUAGCGAUGCACUUGCAAUCGGGAGAUGUUUUUUACCUUCUCUCGGGAACAGAAUCAGCUGGAUCUCCACCUCGUCGUGUUCCACCACCAAUCGCCAUGAACCGGAAAGUGAACGAAAAAGGAGACUUUGUUGAAAGACAUAAUUCUGCUGAAAGAUCGCAUAUCUCAAGUCAGGAGACUGGGAUUAAUUGUCAAGAAAAUACUGCCCCAUGUGUGCAUAAUACGAUUGUUCGUUUAGUAGGAUUACCAAAUCUAAGAACAGGUUUACGGGAUGAUGACUUGCGGGAAACUGCGUACGAAGUGUUUCUUGCAUGUAUGCUUUUUUCCGGGUUAGAAAUCCAUUCAACUGAGGGUAGAAAGAGAGAAAAAAGUUCUAAGUUCCUUUCUGGGUUAAAAAAUAGAAAAGAUAAACGGCAUAUAGAAUCUGCACCUAUUGAAAGUCAUUUGAAGGUCCUUGACACAAUUCGCUUACAAAUGCAGAUAUCUGAAGCUGCAGAUGCUUUUAUUAGGCGAAGAUUGACGCAGUUUGUGAUGGGGAAAGCUUGCGCUCAAAUUGAUGUUCCACAAUUAUCCUUGGUUCUCUUGACUGGUUUAUUAAGAUCUGAUUUUCCAAGCGAGAAAUCAUACCUCCAUUGGAAAAGCAGACAAGCAAAUAUUUUCGAAGAACUAGUUCGUUCUGACCAUAAGAAGACUGAAAAAGAGAUGAUCGAGGAGUCACUUGCAAAAAUCAGAAAUCAUAAGGAAUGGGAUAUGAAGAUGUCCUCUUCACAACGGAGCGAUGUUCUUUUAACUCUUCGACAAGUUGCUUUGGCAUUCUCAUCUAUACCUGGGCGCUUUGGAGUAGAGGGUGAAACAUACUACUGGACCAGUGGUUAUCAUCUGAACAUUAGACUGUAUGAGAAGCUGCUUUUUGGUCUAUUUGACGUUUUGGAAGAAAGCCAGAUCAUAGAGGAAGCAGAAGAGAUCCUGAAGUUGGUGAAAUUGACUUGGUCAAUGUUGGGCAUUACAGAGAGACUGCAUCACACAUUAUUUGCUUGGGUGCUUUUUCAACAGUUUGUCACAACUGAAGAGGCAAUACUAUUGGACCAUGCUAUUCAUGAAGUAGAGCAUGUUUUAUCUGCUGAAGUUAAUGAUGACAAAGAAGUGGCCUACAUGAGGAGCUUGACAUGUCCUGCCGUCCGCACUGAGUGUGAAACUAGAUCGGAUUUGCUGCAAUCCAUAUUUCUUUCAAUCAGUUUGUGGUGUGACAGUAAAUUGCAGGAUUAUCAUCUAUAUUUCAGUCAGAAACCUACGUUCUUUGAGAGGGUGUUGACAAUGGGAUUAUCCACUGGGACUCGAGAUUUUAUUCCACAUGGAAAUAUCCAGUUUACAGGAUAUUUCCUUCCUGAUGAGGUUGUUACUCAAAAGAUCAGAGUAUAUGUUGAGAAAACUUUAUAUACUGCUUGCAGGAGGGUUAUUGAUGUUACUAUUGGCUCUACAAAAGGUAAGAUGCAUCCGCUGGCUAUUCUUGCAAGUGAACUCAAACAGAUUGCUGAGAAGGAUGUAUCCAUAUUCAGCCCUGUCCUACGUCGUUGGUAUCCUGAAUGUGCUAUGGUCCCAGUCAAGAUGUUACACCAAUUUUACGGUGAAAAACUGAAACCGUUUAUGAAGGAUAUUACAAGUGUCACUGAGGAUGUCAGGAGAGUGCUUCCCGCAGCUUAUGAACUUGAGUGUUGCCUUAUUGAAUUCUACUCUUCAGCUUUUAAAGACAACAAUUUGAACUAUAGCCGAGAAUUUGAGCGUUAUCCGAUUGCUGAAAUUUCAAAGUCUUUCAUUUUGGAUUGGGUAGUUGCACAACAUGAAAGAAUUCUGGAAUGGACUGGACGUGCUUUUGAUCUUGAGGACUGGGAACCUCUGUCAGCUCAGCAAAAGCAUGCAGCUUCAGCAGUUGAAGUGUUUAGAAUUAUAGAGGAGACGGUAGAUCAAUUUUUUGAGUGGAGCCUCCCAAUGGACAUAACUCAUUUACAAGCUCUACUAUCAAUAAUUUUCCACAGCCUGGAUACCUAUUUGUCAAAAGUGAUAAGGCAGUUAGUUGAGAAGCAAAAACUGUACCCAUCUCCUCCUCCAUUGACUCGCUACAAGGAAGCAACAUUUCCUAUUGUCAAGAGAAAGGUCGUUGAGAGUUCGAUUGCUGAUCAUGAAAUAUAUAAACAGUUGGAUGAAUUGACGUCUUCCAAACUAUGUAUCAGAUUGAACACUUAUCGAUAUAUUCAAAAACAAAUUGCCAUACUUGAAGAAGGCAUUAGGAAGUCUUGGGGAUCUGUGACAUCAUACAGAAUAGACAGAUAUUCAACAGAGAGAACUCAUGCAACUUUGGAACCAACAGAUGUUAAUGGUGAAUCAGUUUCUGAGCUUUUUGUUGCCACGCUGGAUUGCAUCAGGGAUUCUGCUGCUCAGGGUAUUAGGAAGACUAGCGAUUUUCUAGGCGCCAAAAUUGUGUUCUGGGAUAUGAGAGAUUCAUUUUUAUCUUAUCUAUACUAUGGGGGCGUCGAAGGAAAUCGUUUAGAUGCUAUACUGCCCCAAUUUGAUAAGGUCCUGAAUGAUGUAUGUAGUGUGAUUGACGAUACUAUCAGAGACCUUGUAGUGUCAAGCAUUUGGAAGGCAUCAUUGGAAGGAUUUAUGUGGGUUUUGCUUGAUGGAGGCCCUUCACGUGCAUUUUCUGAUUCAGAUACUGUUUUGAUUGAAGAAGACUUCAAUAUGUUAAAGGAGUUAUUUAUUGCUGAUGGGGAAGGCCUCCCUCGUUCAUUGGUUGAAGAGGAAGCAAAAUUUUACCGUCAAGUUCUUGGCUUCUUUUCCCUUCAGACACAAUCCUUGAUCAAGAUGCUGAUGGCAUCCAGCCAACACAUUUCAGCUGGUGGGAAUACAUAUAAACAAGGUCAAAGAUACCGUGGGGAUACUCACACUUUGAUACGAGUAUUAUGCCAUAAGAAAGAUAGGGAAGCUUCAAAGUUCUUGAAAAGGCAUUAUCGGUUUCCUGCCUCUUCCGAAUAUGAUGAGACUGCAUCGGAGAGUUCCAGUUUUGGUUCUCCUUUUGUUGCAGACAUGUUGAAGCGCGGUGCAUCUUUGCGUUGGUCUGAGAAAGGUCAUAGCAGCUUCAAGUCCAUAACAAAGAAAUUUCAAGAAGUGACGUGGAAAUAAGAUUUGUGGCACGGUGAAAUACAGUUACAGAUGGCCAUUAGCAACAAGCAUCUGAAUCACAUGAGUAUUUCGAAAACUGCAAUUACUCAUGCGUCAGAUAACAUAGAGUUGUAGCAGAGAGUUUGGUGAUCUAUUCCUUUCUACUCAAAAGAGGAGAGUGUAGUGACGCUUGUAGAAUAAAAUUAGCCCGAUUCAAACGCGCCUCUAAUCAGCCCUUGCUUUGAGCAAAUGCUUGAAAGUUGGAACUGGUGGAGCGAUUUUGGCUCAAAAAAGUUCAAAUUGCUGUUAGUGUAAAGGAACAACCUAUUCAUCAUUGUUGCUCAUAUAGAUGCACUUAUAUUUUCCAUUA